AUGCAGGGGCAUGCGUACAGCCGCCUGGGAAGCUUCGGCUCCGCGGCGAGCGCGCCGUCCCCGCCGCUGCCACCGUCGCCGUCGUCCCCGGUGCCGGCUGGGGCCGGUGCUGGCGGGGGCAGCCGGACGCCCGCGAAGGCGGGUUCGGCGAGGGGCAUCCCGGGGGCCGCGGCCUCGGCAACGGCGGUGGCGCGGGCGGGGGUCGCCCACCGUGGCGGCGCGGCGCGGAGGCUGGCCAGGGCGGUGCUCGCGACGCUGCUGCGGAGGCAGGCGGUGUUCCUCUUCGCGCCGCUGCUGUACGUCGCCGCGAUGCUGCUGUACAUGGGCUCGCUCCCGCUCGACGCCGUGCCGCGGAUAAUCGCGCGCCAGCCGCCCGGGUCGGUGUACCGCAGCCCGCAACUGUACGCGCGGCUCCGCGCCGACAUGGACGCCGACAACUCCACCGGCGCGCUAGCAACUGUAUGGAGGCACACUUACAAAGGUGGCACAUGGCGGCCCUGCAUAAAAAACGUGACAAAUGGUUUACCUGAAUCAAAUGGCUACAUAUACAUUGAGGCAAAUGGUGGUUUAAAUCAACAAAGGACAUCAAUCUGCAAUGCAGUCGCCAUUGCUGGUUUUCUGAAUGCUACUCUUAUCAUCCCAAAUUUCCAUUUCCAUAGCAUUUGGAGGGAUCCUAGCAAAUUCAGUGAUAUCUAUGAUAAAGAUCACUUUGUACAACGUCUACAAAAUGAUGUUCGAGUAGUCGACAAAAUUCCGGAUUUUAUAAUGGAGCGGUUUGGUCAUAAUCUCAGCAAUGUGUUCAAUUUCAAGAUAAAGGCUUGGGCACGCAUUCAAUAUUACAAAGAUGUUGUUUUUCCAAAAUUAGUUGAAGAAAGGUUCAUCAGGAUUUCUCCUUUUGCCAACCGACUCUCGUUUGAUGCACCUUCUGCUGUUCAACGGUUGAGAUGCUUGGCAAACUUUGAAGCCUUAAAAUUCUCUAAACCAAUUGUGUCUUUGUCUGAAACCUUAGUUUCUCGAAUGAGAGAGAAAAGUGUUGCAGUGAUGGAAAAUAUAUCUCAGUGCAUCUUCGUUUUGAGGAGGUUGGAUCUCUUUCAUGAAAUUCAAUGCUUAUAUGUUUGGGAACCAAGGAUCCACCAUUAUGAUAUGAUUGCCUUCUCAUGUUGUGUAUAUGAUGGUGGUGAUGAGGAGAAGAAGGAAAUGGAUGCAGCCAGAGAAAUAGGUUGGAGAGGGAAAUUUACUAAGAGAGGACGAGUAAUAAGACCAGGAGUAAUCAGAAUGAAUGGAAAAUGUCCUCUUACACCUUUGGAGGUUGGGUUAAUGCUUCGUGGAAUGGGUUUCAGCAAUAAGACUGCAAUCUUUUUGGCAUCUGGAAAGAUUUACAGAGCAGAGAAGAACAUGGCUUCUCUUCUUGAAAUGUUUCCUCUCCUACAGACAAAAGAGACACUGGCGUCAGAAGAGGAACUUGCUCCAUUCAAGAAUUUCUCCUCAAGGAUGGCUGCUGUUGACUAUAGUGUUUGUGCCCAAAGUGAAGUUUUUGUGACCACACAAGGUGGAAAUUUCCCGCAUUUCCUUAUGGGUCACAGGAGAUACUUGUAUGGUGGGCAUUCAAAAACAAUUAAACCAGACAAAAGAAGGCUUGCCUUACUCUUUGAUAAUCCACGUAUAGGGUGGAAGGCAUUGAAGCGGCACUUGCUUAAUAUGAGAGCACACAGCGAUGCCAAGGGGAUUGAAAUGAAAAGACCAAACGAAUCUAUAUAUACCUUUCCAUUUAAGAAACGAGACAACAUACAUGGCAAUUUGACUUUGCUGCAGGAGCGCGUCAUUGCAUACACCAAGUACGGGAUCAAUUACGAGACAAUCCAACCACCACUGAUGGCGAGGUGGACUAAAGACAAUGUUGGUCUUCGAUGGCAUGCUUUUAAUCAGGCCGGCCUAUAUGAAGGAACUCUUAUGACCCGCACUACUGGUCAGACCACCCUGCAGCAGACCACCAAGCCAAAAAAUAUAAAAACAGAAACAUCAAUGUCAGAACAAGCGCCAACACGUGAGGAGGGUCUAAGCAACGAACAAGAGUUAACUAAGAUUAGAAAGGAGAAAAGGCUGGACAACAGACUGGAAGCUAGGGUGAGCAAGAUAGAAGAUGAUACUACACAAAUAAAAAUGGAUAUCAAGGUACAACAACAAAUCCUUCAGCUACUGCAAAGUAUUGUUGACCCAUCUACGCCAACAUCUACACAAGUUGCUUUGUCUAAUGUUGGAUUUGAUAUUUUGAAAUUUAACAAAAAAUACCAACUACAGGAAUCACCACAGAUACUAGUCAAGAAGUCAGAACCAGGUGGCCCACUGCAUUUCUCCCAUGCACUGACGAGAAUCAAUGCUGAAGCACACACUGGAACAAAAGUUAAGAUGAAAAAGAACACGCAGCAGCAGAACAACCCCUCCACACAACACCAAGACGACGCCUCUACACACAUCACACCAAGAAAGCCAAUUGUCGACAAUGAUUACAAAGUGAGUCCAAUAGACACAGAAGUUGGAUGCUUCGUACUAAUGAGUUACGACCAUGCUAAGGUUGUACAAAUAGGUGACCAUGUUCUUACAAAUAACAAACAAGCUUACGCCUCUAAUUUCACAGAUGGCUUUAUAGUAGAUGAGAUAAACUGA